AUAUGGUUCCAGAACCGUCGCCAGAACGAUCGUCGGAAGUCGAAGCCUCUUCAACCUCAUGAACUGCUAGCUCCUCGGUCCGACGCGUCGAAACAGAGUUUCAGUGAUGAGAGUAUACCCGCAGAACCAGGAUCCUCAAGUGGGACGGAGCAAUGUUGUCCGCGGAAGCCAAGAAGAACCCGAACAGCCCAUUCUAGGUUCUCAAACGAGCAUAGCAACGUCAGAAACCCCAGAAAAUAGCCAAGGAAUACAGGAGGGUUCUCAAUUGGAGCUUGAAUUAAGCCAAGAACACGGGAGCGUACCAUGCGAUGAAUCACACCAAAACUCUGCCAAAAGGAAGCGAUCUGUCUCGGACCUUCGAGAGGGAAAACAGGAAGCACAGCAUCCCCUAACACCACGUGGAGUGCAGGGUGUAAAGUCACCCCCAUCUUUGCGAAUAUCCUUAUCAUUUGACGGAGAGGCUAUGGUGAGAAAGGAAGGUGAAUUGACUCCGUCCCCACCAAAGGGACGCAACGCGCUCCGAAUUGCCAUGUCUUCAGAUGGGAAAGCCGUGAUUCGUGCAAAUGGAGAACCAUCACCAUCCAAAAACCGCAUUUCUAUGUUUUCGACCCGAACCCCUCGGUUUGCGGGACUCCGGAGAAGCAACAGUGCAGUGGUUCUGGGAACACCCAGAGGAUCUAUCGAAAAGGAAAGGAUCUUUGGACGAUCACGCGACCCCCGGAACUGGGAAUCUGUUUUCGAUACCGAUGCCCGGAGUGCAUUAUCUACCCCAACUAGUUCGCAAAGUACUUCACAUACGGGGUCCCCUGGAUUUUUUCGCUCCGGGGCCCCGCGUUCAUUGACACGAAGUCUGUCGGCAAAGUAUAAAAAUACUGCGACAUUUAGCUCGUCUGAACAUCUCAAGACGCCUAUUCCCCAAGCUACGAGGGAGAAGAGGAGAAAACUAUCACGUGCAGUCUCAUCAUUGGGUCGCCUCGAGACUGGUCUCGGAGGUGUGAACGACAAAAACUCCCCUUACCCAAUAGAAAACUCAAAGGGUAUUGCAGGAAAAGGCGAUGGCGAUUUGGAGUUGCACUGUGGCGAUUCGGACAAGGAGAACUGGAUUCCUGGAACCCGAAACGUUCGCCGACGAGCGGCAUCCCAGCACCAUUCUUCUCGCCCCGCCCUUAGGGAUACCAACGGGAGGGAGGGCAAAGUCAACAAGGACCUAGCUGCCAGACGCUUCCGGCUCUCUCAAGCGUCGCAGCGUAAAGCAACCAAUAAAUCCGUGCCAACAGUAGAUACUGAAGUGUCUACAUUCAUGGCUGGCGGAGGCGGUUCCAGUCAGGAAGAAGACCUUAAUUGCAUCCAGGGCUUAUUAUCUUUGAGCCAAGGAGCAUGGAGAUAAGAACGGAUAUACCAGUUUUCUUGUGCGAUGAUCGAUUUCCUUUGUUAACUUUCCUUUGUUUCAUAUUCGUUCCCUUUGUAGUUACGUUCAAGUUGCGAGCUAGCAAGCGGUGACUUCAUGUAUGAUCUGUGAUGCUCAAACCGUGAUGAUUGAACUGUUGUUUUCUUUUUUUCUCUCCUGGUCCAGCCAUUCAUUUCUUCGAGGGAUAUGAAGUCGUCUUAACCCCCCGGGCUGUGAUCACCUACCAAAUAUUGAUGACGAAACCCUGUCUUGAUCAUUUUAAGAUAUCCAAAUGUAAUUCCAGGCUAAUAGGGCGAUUUGAAAAUGAAAUAAAAAUCAAGAGGAUGGUAGUUUGGGUAUGGAGCACUGAAUCCAC